CGAAAUAGUUGUCUUAACAUUAGCCUGAAAUCUGGCAUGUAAAUCUUUUCAGGUAUAGAAUUUCCCAGAGUUAUACGCGCAUUUCCAAAUGUUCGGCAACACCUGAUGAUUUUCAAGCUUAGUCGUGACCGUUUUUUUUUAACAUUCUGGCCGGAUGUUUUGACGCGAUAUCCGAACGUUGCCGGCGAUGUAGCGGCCAGCGAAUCUUCAAGCAGGAAAAAGCGCCAACUUCUGUUGCACCGUCUGAAUUGUUAAACACUCCGUAAAGCAUUUCGAGACGGGAUGUUUAAUGGAAAAUAUCAAACUUAAACUGGAAUGAAGUAUUCGGUGAGGUGCGCUGUUGCGUCUCAGUAGGAAUUUAAAAGAAAAAAUCGCCCUCAAGGUACCGGGAGGAAAGAUGCCAGGUCUGCAGGGUGAAAGUGUGGUAUCAGCGGCUCCGGGGAGCCCAGUGAAGAAGAGUAAACUCUCUCUGAAGUUCUUCCAGAAGAAGGAAACCAAGCGGGCUCUGGAUUUCUCGGAACCUCAGACAGAAGAACCCAAAACAUGUGAGCCAGAGGAGCCUGAGGCAAGCAGCUGUGAUCAGGUGGUCCCGGGGCCUUCUCGGUGUCCUUCCUCGCCCAGCCUCCUCCUGUCCUGCGAGAAGAGAGAGAACUUGGUGCCGUUCGUGGGGCUCAACAAUCUGGGCAAUACCUGCUAUUUGAACAGCAUCUUACAGGUUCUUUAUUACUGCCCAGGCUUCAGAGAAGGCAUAAAGAAGCUUCACGAUCUCUCCAUCCAGAAGGAGAAACCCAAGGAAGAAACUGAGAAAAGCGAAGAGCCACACUGUCAGCAGUCAGACGGUGUGUCGGAGGCUCUGCCAGCUCACAUCGAGCUUCUUGGGAGCUUCAACACUUUGAUAACUGCAGUGGAGCAGCUGCAGUCUAGCUUCCUGCUUAAUCCUGACAGCUUCACCGAUGGAGAGCUAGCCACACCACCGCGCAAAAUUCUGCACACGCUCAGGCAGCUGAACCCCAUGUACGAAGGUUAUCUCCAGCAUGAUGCUCAGGAAGUUCUGCAGUGCAUCCUGGGAUAUAUCCAGGAAGCCUGUGAUACUAUCAGGAAAGAGCUGAAAGUAGAAGGCGAGGAGGAGGAUGUGUCGGAAGUUAAACUCGAGAAUGGUCUCGAUUUGGGGUCUGGCGGCUCUGGUGCAGAAUCCAAAGCUUCCACGGAAGAGGAUGGUCAAGUUGCCGGGAAAAGAAAGAGCGACACAGAAGUGGGGAAUGCCAAGAAAAAAUCCAAAUCCCUGAAGUCUAAGAAAUCAGAUUCUGCAGAGGAAAACCUGAGUAGAAAUAGACCCCUCACUCGCUCCAAAAGGAAGUCCUCCAGUGAAAUCACCAUGGACAGCAGCAAGAAUAAAGGUGGAGAGGAGGCGGCAGAUGAGGAAGAGGCGAAGAAACCAAAUGGGGAAGGAGGAAGCGACGAUGAGGGGAAAGUUGAGAAGACGUGUAAAGAGGCAGAUGGGAAGAGGAAGAAGAGAGCUAAGUUGAGCUGGCUGAGGCCGUCUGGAAAGCAGCCAAGUAUUUUCUCCAAGUUCCGCAGCGUGGGAAAGAUCAGCUGCACAACUGUGAAGAACCAAAACAAAACAGAGCAGGAAAAUGGAGUGACGCACGACGAAAGCGAGAAAAACCUUCAAGAGCCACCCAGCCAAAAUGCAUCCGAACACAGCAAGGCUCCUAAACAUCAAGCGGGCCUGAGCCUCAUGGAGCGUUUGUUCCAAGGUCGGCUGGUUCUGAGGACUCGAUGUCUGGAGUGUGAGAGCUUCACAGAGAGGAGAGAGGACUUCCAGGACAUCAGUGUCCCUGUGCUUGAUGACCAGCCCAGCAGCCCCGAUGACCUCUCUGAGGUCUCACCAGACCCUAAACCAGAGCUGAAGACUCUGAAAUGGGCCAUAUCUCAGUUCGCUUCGGUGGAGCGCAUUUUUGGGGAGGAUAAAUACUUCUGUGAGACCUGCCAUCACUACACAGAGGCCGAGAGGAGUCUGCUGUUUGACAAGACUCCUGAAGUCAUCACUAUUCACCUAAAGCGCUUCUCUGCCAACGGUUUAGAACUGGACCCAUAUGCUGGUCUUUCUAAAGUGAACACUCCCUUACAGACUCCUUUGACCUUAUCUCUUGAGGAGUGGUGUACCCAGUCCUCAUCCACUAAAGGUCAAAACUAUCAGCUGUUUGCCGUCGUCAUGCAUAGUGGUGUGACCAUCAGCAGUGGCCACUACACUGCCUACAUCCGAAUGUCUGAUUUAACAGAUGUGAAGAUCUGGCUGCAGGACACAAAAACUGAAGAGAAGGAGGAGGAGGACGAGGUGAAGGAAGACAAAGAAGGUGCUCUGGUGAAGGAGACGGUGCUGGACUACGAUGAUGGAGAGGUGUCUUUCAGCCUGAAUACGAGAGGACAGCGGCGCGAGAGUUUGGCAAGCAGCAAAUCAGGGAGCAAAAAGCUGUCAGAGGGGGGUGUCGGACUCUUGGGAGGCCAGAGGAGUGUGUCCAGCUAUGACCUCGGGAACAGCAGCAGUAAACACACAGAGAAAGCAGCUAGCAGUGGUUCGACGGAGGGUUGUAAUAGGAGAAAAACCAUCAACAUUUUGAGCCAAAACACUGAAGCUGGACUUAAAAAAGCGCCCGAGGCAGUAGAGGAGACAUCGCAGGCUUCCUGUGGCAGCACAGAGACCAAAGAGCAGAAGGCUUUAAAUAGCCUCUUGGAAUAUGAAGGGAAAUGGCUGCUGUUUGAUGACUCUGAGGUGCGUUUGUUUGAGGAGGAGGACUUCCUGCGAGCCUGUUCUCCUGAGACGUGCUGCUCAUCAACCCCUUACCUGCUGUUCUACAGAAGGAUGCCUGAACCUGGACACUGAAAUAGACAGACCUUACAGGAAACUGAGCUCCUAGGCAAAAGACAGAUGGAGUUUUUGCAAUACUUCAAACAGUGCCAGACACACUGUGGCUGCCACAUUUACACUGAAACUGAAGUGACUUUUCAGCCAAGGAAAACUAAACCUGCAACAGCCCCACGGUGGUAUCAAGGCGCUUCCGCCUUCUCAUCCACUCAUGUGCAGGUACUCUAAACAGAAACGCCCAGUUGGGGUCAAAGUUUGUUUUGUUUGUUUUUUUUUAACGUUAGGGAUGAUUGGUU